AUGGUUUGGCGAGGCAAUGAUGGUGUGGAGACUGUGCUGCUGGCAGUAGUAGCAGGCAUGGUGGUGAUAAGCCCCUUGCUCUUGGUGGAUGGUGGGGAGACUGCAAGGGAGUUCAUGGAGGGGUUCUUUGGGCCAAUCGGUCUUCUUUUCCUUCCAGUUAGUCUGCUUAUCUUCAUCCAGUUCUUGUCGUCAAAUCCAGGAGUCCAAUUCUCCAGAUUCUUAUCAGGUUCACCCGAUGUGCUCUCUCAAUUCGCUGGGCCGUCGACUGGAAUUGUGAUUGUUCUCCUUAUUGUUCUUCUUCUCCUUUACUAUCGUGUCUUUGGUGGUGGUGAUUCAGAAGAUUAG